GUGGGUAUUGUGGGUGAAUGCAUAUCCUGAUCAUCAGUAUUUGGGGUUUCUUUGUCUAACAUGCUGUAUCUUAGGCCAUACCAAGACAAGCUGAAAUAACCCUGCCAGUAUUUGAGCAGUUUACGCUGAGUCUUCUGCGACCUUCCCACACAGAGAUUAGAAGUGACUCACCUUGCCCUGCUCCCAACCUCAACUCGACUCACUGGAGGCACAGCUGUGACUAAUCUAUCCCAGUGCAUGCUUUUGAUGACAUAUAGAUCAUAUCACAUUUCAACUUGGCCUGGUAUGGCUUGUAUGUUAUUAAAGCCCUGUUCCAGGAUAGAUUAAAGUCCUGGCUACACCACCUCCAUGUUGAGGGUGGGUGGAAGACAGGAACACCAAGCCUUUGGAGAGGUCGUGCAGCUGCUUCCCAUCACUGUGACACCGUCAGGAUCAUCGUUGUUGCCAGUUCUGCCAUUCCUGGAGUCUCCUGCAUCACUCAGCACCAUGUUUGGCAGGCAAGGGGAAGAGCGUGUGUCCUGCAGGGUGGCCGGUGCUGCGCCUCAUGAUGUGACCAGAAUAAGUUGAGUUUCACACAAGUAAACAAAGCUUGCAACCAUGGAGGAGCAGCUGCCUCUUUACCUGUGGACCAAGCAGCAAACACAGCAGUUCCCAGCACAGCAGAUUCAGGCACCACAGAUUCCAACACAGCAUCUGCAUGUGGAGCAGCAGCCCCAGCAGGUGCAGCACAUGCAGCAGCCACAGGUGCCACAGGUGCAGCAGAUUCAAACGGGCCAGCCUGAGUACAGCGAGGGGAAGUACGUCUGCUUAGAAUGUGGCAAAGCAUUCAACAAGAGGAGCAGCUUCGACUACCACAGGAAGACACACACUGGUGAAAAACCCUUCCGGUGUGGCAUCUGUGGCAAGGCUUUUGCCAACAACCGGAACCUUGUGGUGCACACCAGGAUACACACAGGCGAGCGGCCCUACGAGUGCAAGGAGUGCGGUAAGGCCUUCACGCAGCGCAGCAUGCUGACAGUGCACUACAGGAUCCACACCGGCGAGCGGCCAUACCUGUGCAGCGAGUGUGGCAAGUCUUUCUACCAGAGUGACCACCUGACCAAGCACCGCAGGAUUCACACUGGGGAGAAGCCUUACGGGUGUGACGAGUGUGGGAAGGCUUUUUCCGACAGCAGUGCUCUGAGGCAACACAUUAGGAGGCACCAGGAAGUCGGUCCCUUCAACUGUGAAUACUGUGAGGAUGUGUUUGAUAAGAAAGUGUCGUAUGACCUGCACAUGAUGGAACACAAGGGGAUGAAGCCUGAGGAGUGUGACAAGUGUGGCAAGCAAUUCCCCACCAAAGGACUCCUCACAAACCAUAGGAGGUCCCACUUCAAGGAAAAAGCAUUCAGGUGUGAGCUUUGUGAUGCCGAGUUCAUACGUUUGGUAACCCUCAAGAAGCACGUGAAGUACGCACAUGGCCACGGCACCACCAGCAGACUCCCACCCGUGUAUGACGGCCGGCCACUGAGGAAGCCGUACGGGGAGUCCAAGCCCUUCAAGUGUGACGAGUGUGACAUGACCUUCACUACCAACGGUAAGUUUCUGGCCCACCAGCAUACCCAUCGUCCAAACAAACAGUUCAAGUGUGAGGAGUGUGGCAUGUGCUUCGCCAAGAGCUACACGCUGGAGGUGCACCAACAGAUGCACACCGCCGUGGCUCCGGUCGUACAGACGGUGGCCUCACGGAACUUGCCCUCCCUAACACCCAUUGUGCCUCUGAUAGCCAUUCCUGCAACUACUGUAAAUGGUCCUCAAAACUCCAAGAUAACGGCCUAUGUCAGAGUCCCCCAGCGGCCAGUGGCAUUGAAGCGUGAGCCCCCGUGCAAUGACCCGCUGGCGAUGGCCACGGCGGCUGCUCAGGUCACGCCAGACCUGGUGGAGAGCCUGAGCCUGCCGGAGCAGCAGCAGCCAUACAACUACCACUACCCAGUGCAGGGCAAGAUGGUGUAUACAGCAGCACCAAAAUAUGGGAAAUAACUUUCUGCAUCUGAGAGUUUGGCUGGAGUGUUCGUAAGAGGGAGGAGUAUGUUGCUUGAAACAUUCACAGAUACCAUGUGAUGUAGUGAGUGUGUUUGUCGUGUCAGAGUUUAGUCCAAGGCCAUGCUUACAAGGUGCAUAUAAAUGUGUUGAAACCUAAACAUGUACUUUUAGUUAGAUGCGCAUGAAGUAUAUUUUUGAAGUAGUGCAGUACUAAUGCAAUAGAAGUAAAAACAGUUGUUGCAGCUUAGAGAAAGAAAUUUAUCCUUUGGUCAGACUUGCAGACCAACAACCAAUUUCACCAUCAUCACCGAUUCAUCUGCAUCACAGUCGGGAUAAUCAUAACACUUACACAAGCAAACAUUGACCACCCUCCCAAAAAAGACUUUGUUUUUGUUGUUGUUGUUGUUGACAGGCACAGGGAAAUGUUCUUAGGAUGUACAUUUACAUGAAUAUUUUUUUAUUCUCUGCAGAGUGCAUCCAUAAUUAUUAUUUAAUCCUUAGAGGACUAGUCCUUAGUUUGGUGUACCAAAAAUAUAUAGGAUGUUGCAGCUCUCACUAUAAUCAACAUAGGUUUUCCUUUUAUUUUUUAUAUAUUUUGUGUGUGUUCCAUGCCAAGCAGCUUAGUACCUGAUGUGCCAUAAUGUAAACAAGAACAAGGAGCCAACGCCAGUGAAGGAAGAAUUGCGUAUUCUUAGAUGCCUCAGCACAGUGUGUGUCAGGGGUGUGUUGGCAAGGUGCACCAUAUCUGCCAGCAAAAUGUUGUACACAUUGACCUACUAUUGACAUAUUAUUACCUAGUUUACUUCUGUCAUGCUUAACAUUGGAAAGUCACCAUUACAGCAUGUCAAGACUUAACCUGUGAAGGCAGAGAAAUUAUUGGCUGAGUAUCAGCUUGUAUCUGUCUCAGGGUUGUUAGGUAGACUGCCGGGACAGAUUUGCACAAAUAUCAAAUCUUAAGCAACUAAAGUGAACUCCAGACCGAUUGGUGAGUCCAGGUGUUGACAAAUACUGUGCAGUUAUGAAAGAUUGACUGAUUGUUUUCUUAACUUCGGAAUAUUUAAAGAAAUGUUCAAGCUUAAAAUUAGUAAGUCAACAUUAUUUUUCAGAAAAUCAGAUCAUUACAAUAUGUGCUCCCCAUUUUCUACCAAAAUUAGAACCAAAAUAUGAGGUACUGACUGGAGCACCUGCCGGCAUCCUGGAAAUCUUUACAAGAACUUGACUUUAAUUUAAGCCAGUAUGUAUGAAGAUCCUAAUGCUGUGCAGAUGUUGCUUCUGAGCUUGUGGCUCAACUUGCUGCUAAAAUGUUUGUAUCAGUACAGCAGAAGAAAUGGAAGAGUUGAAUGAGUUAUACGAGAAGUGGAUUUCAAGCUAUUUAUAUUGAGUUGUUGAGUAGUAAGGGUUGAUAUGAAGAAAAUUUUCAAUUGAAACAUUGGAGUAGUAGUGCCAGUAGAUUGCUGAUAAAUGUAGAGGGUGAAGUUGAAUUAUUGAAGGCUGGUAUUCAGUGACUAUCUCAGAGUUUUAGAUGUAUUGAACAUGACAAAGAGACACAUGUAUUUCUUCCUACACUCCUGCCCACAGAAAACACUUAGAUAUUUAGUGGAGAUGUGGAGAUGGAAAUGUGUUGAAAUAAUUUGGUUUUAUACCCAGAAAGUUUGUUACCGUGUGUCCACCACAGGUCUGUUGGCUGGAGUGGUGACAGUAAUGCUACCUCAUUAGUCUGCCAUUGGUGUGUGGUAUGUAGCAGGAACAAACCACAACAUUUGUCUCAUAAUUUUUCACAAGUUUUAAGUAUCUUGGUAUGUCAAUGAUGCCUUUCAAAUGUAUUUUUGCAGAAAUGUAUAGUUCAGAGAAAAUCAUGCUGCUGAAGUUAUUGGUGUAUUGCAUUAACUGUACACUGAAGGGCAGGAGGUUGUGUGAGCAGUGGUGGUGAGAGGCGUGUGAUGGUGUGCUAUGCAAGUGUCUGCUUACCACAUCAUGGCAUGCUGUGCAGGCUGUGGGGGCUGUCACUGUGGGGUGCACAGCCCAGACCUUACCACCUGAAGGAAAGGUACUGUUAUAAACACAUCAACUGAAAUAAUUUAUGCAUUAAAAGGACUUACUUUA